GAGAACUUCCCAGACUGUGUUUGCAAUAAGGAGACGGAGCGGGUGAAGUUGAAAAUGACUACUUCAGCGAACUCCACCUUUGCAAUGGGAGUGAAACUGUUUCUCCUUUUCCUUUAGACGGCGUUAUUUUUAAGUGAGAUUUUAAGAAAUUAGCAAUAAUUACGGUAUGGCAACCAGGGAGCUACGACAAUACCGCCGGGCCGCGAUGAAUAUCAAGCAGGAGCAGGAUGAUGACUCUGAUAACGAGGAGCCAAAUCUAGUGCUGAAAAAGUCGGAUGGACGCGAAUCCCAGAUUAUCCACAGUGGCCACUUCAUGGUGUCUUCCCCGCACAUUGAACACCCACCUAAGAAAGGCUAUGACUUCGACACGGUCAACAAACAGACCUGUCAGACAUAUCAUUUCGGAAAGACCAGCACCUCACACCUCUCCAUCGACGCCUCUCUCACGAAACUCUUCGAGUGCAUGACUCUUGCUUACAGUGGGAAAUUGGUGUCACCAAAAUGGAAGAACUUCAAAGGCCUCAAGCUUUUGUGGAGGGACAAGAUCCGCCUGAAUAAUGCCAUUUGGAGAGCCUGGUACAUGCAGUAUGUGGAGAAGAGGGACAAUCCAGUCUGCCAUUUUGUCACUCCUCUGGAGGGGACCAUGGACUCUGAGGAUCACAGGGGGCCAGAGGCAAUAGCCACAGAGGGGAAGUAUUGGAAAAGAAGAAUUGAAAUAGUCAUCAGGGAAUAUCACAAGUGGAGGACAUAUUUCAAGAAAAGGUUACAGAAGCACAAGGAUGAUGACCUCUCCAGCCUUCUUAAAGGGGCCGAAGAGCAGUUUUCGUUGUUUGGGGAGAUCUUUCCAGACGCCCUCCGUGUCUCCCUUUGCCAGGACGAGGAGGUGGCCGGCCGGCGUGUGGCGCGCAAGAGCCGCGAGUCCCCGGUCCCCAUGGAGAUGGACCCCAUCUUCGACGUGGACGUGCUGAUGUCCGAGUUCUCGGACACGCUCUUCUCCACGCUGGCCUCCCACCAGGCCGUCGCCUGGCCCAAUCCCAGGGAGAUCGCGCAUGCCGGGAAUGCUGACAUGAUCCAGCCGGGCCUCAUCCCCCUGCAGCCCAACCUGGACUUCAUGGACAACUUUGAGCCUUUGCAAGACCUGUUUCACGCCCUCCGUCAGCCAGUGUUUGCCUCAGCCUCCCCCACCGCCUCAUCCAUACCCCCCUCACCUAGCAGCAACUCUCAGACCCAGGCCUCUCUCCUGCUGCCCCUGACGGCCGAUCCCCCAUCCGUCAGCCUGGACCACAGGCUCAUCACCUCUCCUGGCCCAGAACCUGCCCCUGUCCCCGUCCCUGUCCCCGUCGUUCCGGCCGUGGCCAAUCACAGCAGUGGAAGCGCUGCCGUCCCCACCUACGGACAGCACUACUUGCCACAGUACUCGGCGCCCAUGGCCCCAAUGCCCGGCCCCGUGAACGCCAACCCCGCCGCCCUGCCCCCCAUUCAGGCCUCUCCCGCAGUGCCCACUCCCAUGCCCCUCCCCCUGCAGGGUCAGGGACCUGCGGCGCCGCCGACGCUGCCACGGCCGCAGCCCGCUCUAGACCCCUCUCUGCCUCCAACCGUCAUCACGCACACCGCUUCUUCCACGAUCACACCCAGCGAAGCUGCCACCACGUUCAGCCACAGCUCGGGGUUCACCCUUCCCAGGGUGCCUUGCAAACCCGCACCUCAGACCCAGCCUCCUGCUCCGGUUGUUCAGACCUUCGCCCUGCCCAAACCCAUCCAGCCCUCGGGUUCGGGCAAGAAGACCAGGCCUGUUCAGAGGAUCGUGCCUGCAAACACAAUCUCAUCUCCCCACCUUAUCUUAACAGCACCAUUUCCUGGGCACACAAGUGCUGUGAUUGUCACCCCCAGCCCUUUGAAGGCGGAUGUGGUUCCUCCAACCGGUGUUGUCAUUACCUCUUCUAUUGGACGGGCUCCUGGCUUUCACAUCCUACCGCAGACUCAGACAUCCCCUCAGCUGAUCAUCCCAAAGGAGGAGACGGCCUCUUCCUCCAACUGCAAAAAGCAGGUGCCCUCUCCCAGCACUGUACGAGAUGGGCGUUGCUCAGGGCAGGGGUCACCAUGCGGGCCAGAACAGGUUCCCAGCCCUCAGUCGCCUCAUAACAGCUGCACAGGCCUGGCCAAGAACGAUCCCAACCAGAGCCGUAGAGUGAAUCACAUUUCUGCCGAGCAAAAGAGGCGCUUUAACAUCAACAUCGGCUUCAAAACUUUAUGCAGCUUGGUGCCCACACUGAAGUCCCAGUCAAAUUUAAAGCCGAUAAGCAAUGCAGCCACCCUGCAGAAGACGGUGGAGUACAUCGGCAAGCUGCAGCAGGAGAGGCUGCAGAUGCAGGAGGAGACCAAGCGCCUCCGAGAGGAGAUCGAAGAGCUCAACGCCUCUAUCAACUCAUGUCAGGAGCAACUCCCAGCAACAGGAGUCCCUAUAACUCGACAUCGUUUUGACCACAUGCGCGACAAGUUCGACGAGUAUGUGAGGAGCAGGACCCUUCAGAACUGGAAGUUCUGGAUUUUCAGCAUCAUCAUCAAGCCCCUGUUCGAGUCCUUCAAUGGGACAGUGUCCACCACCAGCACCGAAGAGCUGUGUCAGACCACGCUGCUAUGGCUUGACCGCCAUUGUGCUCUGCCCGUCCUGAGGCCCAUGGUUUUGAGCACGCUCCGACAGCUCAGCACCAGCACCUCCAUCCUCACCGACCCCACCCUGCUGCCUGAGGAAGCCACGCAGGCUGUCGCCAGCAUUCACAAGCGAGCGGGUGAUUCCUAGCCCGAAAGAGACGGAGGGCAGGGGUUAAGGAGGAGAGAGGACUGAACAGAGUGAGAAUCGCGCUCUCAUCUUCCCCCACCCCCGACUGGAAGCAGACGCCGCGGUGCACAUUUUGCACAACAAAAUACCUCCAGCAACGCAGGGGUUGCUGUCUCCACGAGCCAUUGCUGCAGUCCCAACCGUGCCUCUGUGCCAUCUUGUGAUGUCUGGGCCUCCUAGAUAACUGGACGCGUCACAGGCCAUCUGUUCAAAUGGCCGGGAUGUCUGUUCAGAACCUCUUGAGGAAGUUGAUUGCCUGGAGCUUUGGAAAAGUUUUAGGGGGUUUUAGAAUUUUCUUUUUUUUUAAUUUCCUGUACAUUAUGAAAAGAAACACCAGGAAAUCUGCAAUCGUAAUAGCUGCCAGAAAGGGAAGGUGGUUACCGGAAUACCCCGGUACCUCCGCAGAUUUUUUUUUUUAUUAUUAUUUUCAGUUUUCUGAUGCUCAUAGGUUAGUAGAAGACAAACCAAAGGGAGAUUUCUGUUUCUGCUGUAUGACUUCCUGCUUGCCACACAGCUUUCUUUCUCACCUCAUCCACAGACCCGUGGACCGCUGCUGGUCUGAGAAACGGCCAUCUGAACUUUGGACCUCACCUGGUGGUCAUGGCAGACCCGUGACAGCUACCCACCUCCGUGGGGUCCUCCCACCACUCAGGGGAUGCCAAUCUGCGCGGAGCUCACAGACCGCCCUAGGAGUGCUGCUUUUCUCGCUGCAGUUUUAAAAAGGCCUUAGAAAAGGGAUCAGCUUGUACCAAAGCCUCCUUAGGCACUGCCCCUUCAACACCACCCCCAAGGGGUAGUAAAAAAAAAUCAGGAAAGUCCAUGUGCACAGUUUUCCCAUUGAUAGAAUCUGUACAUGUUUCUUGGGAAGGGAAGCUCCAGAAAGUGGCACCAAGGGCCAAAUUUACUAAAGGAAAACUUACACUAAUACACAUUGCAAAAUGUAGUGUGUUCAGUAUACUAUAGAGCAUGGCAGAGUCUUGACAGCAGUACGAAAAGGCUGAAAGUUCAUGACAUGAAUAAUGAAUGAAAUGCAAGCAAAUCUGGAGUGCAGUCACACAGGAAUUAAAUGUUGUAGAGAAGGACGGGAUGUUCAUAAGAGCACAAAACAGUUCCCCUGCAGUGACAUUUGCAGAAAGUUGCACUGAAGGUUCAACAUGCAAUAACUGUUACAUGGCUUAGGGUAAAUACAAAGCUAUACCCCAAAACCUU